AGCGAGGCCGCGCCGGUGGAAGCGGAGCCCGGAGGCGGAGGAACGGCCAUGGUGUCCGGCAAGCAGCUGGCGGAUUUCGGCUACAAGGCGUUCUCCGGCUCCAUGAUGCUGCUGACGGUGUACGCCGGGUACCUGUGCAGCGUCCGCGCCUACCGCCUGCUCGAGCGCCGCCGGGAGCGGCAGGCCGCGGCCGGCCCCGAGAGCUGAGGGCGC